AUGCUCUCCAUCACAGAAACAUCGGGACAGUUGACGCCUCUAGACGGCAUAGACUGUAAACUACCUAAUGCGGAAAAUGUGAGCGUCGACAAGGAUCACGGGAGUCUCCCCAGACUAUCGUGCACUGACGAUGUUGUCUACGAAAAAAUCGUCGAGUUUCUCCAUGCAGUCCUGAUUCGUGAGAAGCAAUCGGAGAGCCGCAUUUCAGUAGACCUACCAGACCAUCAAGACGACUACAAUUACGUCUCCAAGUCAACGUCUCCUCAAGCCUCAUUCUCACAGCCGUGUCAGCCCAAGUAUUCUGAAAAAGAUAUUAUUUUGGCUCUGCAAAAAGAUUCAAGUGGCUAUCUCCCUUUACCAUCCGACACAGUCGCCUCAUCAUUGUUGAAUUCUAUAUCCGGCUUCCUGAAAAAGCCGGUGAACUCCAAAAUAACAGACUGGCUAGACGAUCCCGAGUGUCCAUAUCUCUGGAUUCGAGGCAACACCGGCAGCGGCAAGACUGUCUUGAUGGCGGAGCUAUACCACCAUUUGAUCCAAUCCUCUGGAGCUCAGAGUCAACCGGGCACCAUGGCGAAUCAGACAUCAAUUACAGGCUUCUUCUUCAACGGACGGCUGCAAGGUCAAAGGACUGCGAAUGAUAUGCUUCGGUCCGUUCUCUAUCACAUAUUCAUUAAACGGGGCGAUCUUGUCAAUCUCCUCAUCCGGGACGGAGACAUCGUCGGCACAGAUUUUCUUGGAUCGUCUUUGUCGUGGGCAACUUUGUCGUCGGUUUUUGAAAAGACUGUGGAAGUGGCUUCUGAUACCAGAUUCAUCCUCUUUCUUGACGCCUUGGAUGAAUGCGGGCCCGAAACAGAGCAUGAUUCAAAUUAUCUUUAUAGAGUAUGUCGGUUCAUAUCUCGCCGCCGACCGCUUCGAAAUCUGAAGAUAUGCUUUUCCAGCCGACCUUCCAGCGUGUUCUUCUCCGAGUUUAGCGAGGUGGCGCAGCUGCGGAUGGAAGACUUGAACGGCUCAGAUAUUUUCAGAGACGUUGAGCAACGACUACUACUGACAGGAGGCUUCGGCGAGGUAACACCGCAGCAGAUGGACCACUUCAGCAGCUCAGAUAUCGUCAAAUAUGUUGAGCAACGAUUAGCCAACGGAGAAGUUAACCCGGGACUAGUAGAAGAUGUAACAUAUCUUUCUUGGGGAGCAAUUCUCCAGAGAGCUCUCACUGUUCAUAACCUGAUUCAACGCUUGAAAGACGAUUUGGAUUUCAACCACCAAAUUGUCCGUACCCCCGAAUUGCUGGAGACUCUGUACGAGAGAAUGUUGGAUGAUAUCCCGUCACACUACAAGAAAGAGGCGUCCAGGAUUCUUCGCAUUAUCGCCAUUGUGCCAUUUCAGUUGGAUAUUGAUUUACUAAGCAUCGCAGUCGAGGACUAUAGUGUUGAGCCCGGAAGUUCUAUCCAGGAAGCUGGAAGCGAUCUUGCAGCUGUCAAUGCCAAAUAUGGAUACCAUGAACCGAAGAGGAGCGAAUCGGCCCACGAAGAGCGGAGACUCAAAGCAACUAGGCGUAUGAACCGCCGUUGUGGUGGUCUUCUCUCUAUUCAAGAUGGAAACGACAUUCGCUUCAUCCAUGACUCCGUGAGGAGCUUUCUCUCCAAGCCUCAGAAUUCUCAACGAUUACUCGGAGAAUUGACAGACACAAGAUUUGACCCUCCUAUGAACCUGCUAAGCGCUUGCAUUAUUCGACUGAAACAAAACCUGAACGAAGAAUGGCCAAGCAAUGACUCCACCGUUGAUUACAGAGCACUCAUCAACAACUUGGUGACUCAGGCACUUGCUGCCGCCUCUCUUGCCGACGAUGGCCCUGGAGUGUUUCCCUACUACACCCGCCUGUUCAACGAGCUCAGCGAUGUCUGUCUUCGCAUCCAACGACUACAGCCAUUACCUACUAGCCUGACGUACACAGCCCCCGUGCCUGGUUCCUUCAAUGGCAUAAUAUACGAGCACUACCGCGUCCUCCUGGCUAUAAAAGCCGAACUAUGGUGGUAUUUGCGCACCACAGUAAAUGAGAACAUCGUCAUGCUGAAAGACAACAGUAAUGUCUCCCUCCUCACACAUCUCAUCAAUACAAAGGACCUAGCCACGCUCCCCUGGGCGACCACCAUCCGCGACUCACAUAAUCUUCCACGCCCUGACGUGAUCGAAAUGUGUCGUGAAGUUCUCGAGGCGGGCUACCACCUCUUUCACGUCGAUACAGUGCCAUCGAAUCCUGGGCCCGCGCAGACACAUGAGAAUAAGACCAAAUGGGUUGCGAUUAUGAAACUGUUUCUGGACUACGGCGCAGAUGUCAAUGCCAGUUUCCCAGAGACCAGGUUCGAGUUGCGCGAUCCUCUAGCGGACAUGGAGCAGACUACGUCUCUGCGCUUCAAAACACUAGAGCCUGAGCAGACGUUGCGGGACGUGCUGAGCCUCAACAGCGAGUACAAUAGCGAAUAUAGAGAGUAUCUAGGGAUCAUCGAGGAGAAGCGCAAUAUGCAACCGCGCCAAGUAGCGGAAGCGCCCACGUCCCCCCAGCUCAUGCCCGUAUCGGCGACAUCUGGGUCGCCAAGUAAGAUGCCGCGGCUUGACCAUCUUUCGCAGUCUUCGACUCGUUCAUGCACACAGCCAGAGACGGGUGGUGUCAGGACAAUUGAUACCGAGGAAGGGCAGACGCCGGGGGAUUAUACUCAAAGACGGACUUCUCGGUCCGCCCAAGAACAGCUUUCCGAGGAAAGUCAACCAGAACAAGAGGUUCAGCGGGAUAGGUGGUCUCGUUUACGACAGGGGAUUAUUCGUUUCAGGCAUAGCCGGACCCCUAAGUAG